AUGGCGCCCUACGUGGAGGAGUCCAGGGAGGAAUCUCUAGCAGUAUCAUCCAAGGUCACGCCCAGCCUUGUCGCACCGGAACCAGAACACUGCCCCGGUCCUGAGUCUGAGCAGGCUGGCCAAGGUGAUGCCUGUACCGGUUGCCCAAACCAGCAGAUCUGCGCCACUGCGCCCAAAGGUCCCGACCCCGACAUUCCAAUCAUCACCGAACGACUCUCCCAAAUACGACACAAGAUCUUAGUCCUCUCCGGAAAGGGAGGAGUCGGCAAAUCUACGUUCUCAACCCUCCUCGCGCACGCCUUCGCCGCAAACCCCGACUCCACCGUCGGCAUCAUGGACACCGAUAUCUGCGGGCCGUCAAUCCCCAAGAUGAUGGGCGUGGAGUCGGAGACUAUUCACAUCAGCAAUGCCGGCUGGAGUCCCGUCUGGGUGACAGAUAACCUGGGCGCGAUGAGCGUGCAGUUUAUGCUGCCUAACCGGGACGACGCGGUGAUCUGGCGCGGGCCCAAGAAGAACGGACUGAUCAAGCAAUUCCUCAAGGAUGUGGACUGGGGUCUACUGGAUUACUUGAUUGUUGAUACGCCUCCUGGAACCUCGGAUGAGCAUCUAUCUGUCAACUCUUUGCUGAAGGAGUCUGGCGUUGACGGUGCUGUUGUCGUGACUACCCCGCAGGAGGUCUCCCUACUGGAUGUUCGCAAGGAAGUCGAUUUCUGCCGCAAGGCUGGCAUUAAGGUGUUGGGUUUGGUAGAGAAUAUGUCUGGGUUUGUCUGUCCUAACUGCACCCACGAGUCGCAAAUAUUCCGAGCGACAACUGGUGGGGGUCGCCGGCUGGCCAAGAAAAUGGGCAUUCCUUUCCUAGGUGCUGUGCCUCUGGAUCCCCGUGUUGGCAUGGCAUGCGACUUCGGCGAGAGCUUUGUGGAUAACUUCCCGGACAGUCCCGCUUCUAAGGCAAUCAAGCGCGUUGUGCGCUUGGUGGGACAAGCGGUUGGAGAGAAUCCGGAUGAUGUUCUCCCAGAGGACAUGAUUGAUUAA